AUGAAAAUACCAUCACCCAAAGCGAUUGAUGAAGUUGCCAAGGUUGUUUGGGCAUCCCAUAUACUCUCUUAUUGGAAUCCUUACACCACCCCCGUGUCAGAUAAGCCGUUGCAGCCCACACAUACACCAUCUGAUGAUGAGAUAACUGAUGACGACGAGGACUAUGAUGACAGCCCUGACACUGAUAACACAAGUACAGACACUGCAGUUUUGGCAGUUGGCGAUGAAGCUCUUCGGGAUAAAUUUCUCAAUAGUAUAAGUAAGCUACUCGCCCACACGAAGGGCGGAAAACAUGUUACUGCUGCCGCAUUGAGAGAGAAAGAAGAUUCAAUCGAGAUUGACAUCGCUCGAAACUCUGGAUUCGGGCGCGAAGACAACAAUUUUCUUUCUUCACUGGCUCGCUUCCUUAGUAGGCAAGGGGAACGUAAGUAA